UUUUUACGGGUUUGUUGGAUUUUGUACGAUGCAGGAGUAUCUUCAAGGAAAUCCAUUGUGGCUUCAGUAUGUGAAAUUCCCAUUGGCGGCUUUGGGAUAUGAAAGCAGCUAUGAUGUAUUUGUCAAGGCCCAUGGUGGUGGUCUUUCUGGUCAAGCUCAAGCGAUUUCCCUUGGCAUUGCCCGUGCACUGCUAAAGGUAAGUGAGAGCCAUAGAACUCCUCUGAGGAAGGAAGGUCUUCUGACUAGAGACUCAAGAGUGGUUGAGAGGAAGAAAGUUGGUCUCAAGAAAGCUCGAAAAGCCCCACAAUUCUCUAAGCGUUGAGAGGCUUUGUAUAGUAAAUAUAUUUAGUUUGAUAGAAUGUUUUAGGCUGUAUCUUUCUUGAGCUUCUCAAACACAUAACUGCUCGUAAUUCUUUGUGACUAACAUUUGUUGUUUUAUAGUCAUGAAAACUCUUUGCUCUUUUCCUUUUAAUGGUGUGAAGGAAAUAAAAUGUAAUUUACUGCCAUUGCACAGCCAUCUAUGCCAUCGUUGGGCACACCAAUGCUUCCAAUCUACUGCAAUUAACCGUUGAAUCA